AUGCGGUCCUCGCGCCUCUCUCAGGAGACGGCGAAGCUCUUUGGCACCACACCACAUUCUGAGCCUGUUCUCCGGCGCUCGACGCGCUCCUCGCUCUCCCGCUUCGCCUACCGGGAAUCUUCAGCAUCAUCCAAAGACGAUGAUGAGACGUCCGACAUCACCUUCGGCUCUGACAUCGAGGACGCAAUCAAGUCAAAUGCCACCCCUUCGCCACCGCCCAACGGGCGGACGCGGAAGCGCAAGCGCACAACGACCAUCGUGAAACCCGACGCAUCCGCUGCCUCCCCCAGGAUCAAGAUCAAGACCGAGACCGAGACCACAUCUACGACCUCCUCGCUCGCAGACGUCCGCUCCCCGCCCAAGCCGCGCAAGGUGCGCAAGCCGGCGCGCACCACGACGGACCCCUCGACGGGCGCGACGACGACCGCGCCGCCGUCGGACUGGGAGGAGAUGUACGCGCUGGUGAAGGCGAUGCGGCUGACAGGGCCUGCGGCGAACGCGGCGGUCGACACGAUGGGGUGCGAGCGGCUCGCGCAGCCGGGGGCGUCGGCGCGCGACCGGCGCUUCCACACGCUCGUGGCGCUGAUGCUGUCGAGCCAGACCAAGGACACGGUCAACGCGGUGGCGAUGGCGCGCAUGCAGGCCGAGAUGCCGCCGUACAAGGAGGGCGCGCCGCCCGGGCUGAACCUCGAGAACAUGCUUGCGGUGGACCCGGCGAAGCUGAAUGAGAUGAUCUGGCAGGUGGGCUUUCACAAUAACAAGACGAAAUAUCUCAAGCAAGCGGCCGAGAUCCUACGAGACAAGUUCGGCGGCGACAUUCCCCCGACCAUCGAGGGCCUGACGUCGCUGCCGGGCGUGGGGCCCAAGAUGGCCUACCUGUGCAUGGGGGCCGAGAACGGGUGGAACACGGUGGAGGGCAUCGGCGUCGACGUGCACGUGCACCGCAUCACCAACCUCUGGGGGUGGAAUGCGACCAAGACGCCCGAGGAGACGCGGCUGGCGUUGCAAUCAUGGCUGCCGCGCGACCGCUGGAAGGAGAUCAACUGGCUGCUUGUCGGCUUCGGCCAGAAGGUGUGUCUGCCUGUCGGCCGUCGGUGCGGCGACUGUGAGCUCGGCCUGCGCGGGCUGUGCCGGUCCGCUGAGCGUAAGAAGGUCCUCGAGGGCCGCAGGGUCAGGGAGGAGCGCACCAAGGUCGAGGAUGAUGGGACGGUCGUCAAGACGGAGGACGUAAUGCAGGAGACGGCGCUGAGAGACGUCGUGGUGAACGAGGAGGUCGUGCCGAGUGUCUUGGAUGACAAGGAGCCGGCGAAAAGUCGCAGGCGAGUCAUCAAAAGUGAGACAGUGGCGUAG